CAAACACUUAAAUUACAAAUAAGCUUCUAAAUUGGGCCAAUAAAAUUCAAAAUUAAUUUUCCCCUCUUCCCUUCAACACCUCAGUUCAGUUCGUAUAUAGAUAGCUUUUUGAUUCUUUUGCAAGAAAUUGCAGUAAUAUCGAAUUCAAUCAGCAGCUCAAAUGUUGAGAGUUUCUUCUUCUUUGCAUAUUCCGCCAACAACUGGAAUACCUGCUCAUUAUUUCGCUCUCUCUUUCUUGAAAAUCACAUCGCCGUUAACUUCAACUUCUCGUAAAUUAUCAGCAUUUACCCGUUUAGCGUUACUUCACUCGAGAUCGCUGUUACCCAAUUUGGGUAAUAUCCAGUUUCCCAGCUUUAAAAAGGUGUCAACUAUGUUGGGUCAAGGUCAUACUUGUUCAAAAGUUAUUACAGCUUCAUAUAGUGCUGGGAGUGGUCCUGGAGGGAGUUCUGGAGGUGGUCGGGAGAUAUUAGUACAGCAUUUACUUGUCAAAGAAGAUGACCAGAAACUUUUACUGGAGCUUCUGAAAAGAACUGUAGAAGGAGAGGAUCUAAGUGAUCUGGCCGUGCAGUAUUCCCUUUGUCCAUCAAAAGAAGAAGGGGGAAUGCUUGGUUGGGUGAGAAAAGGGCAAAUGGUACCAGAAUUCGAAGAAGCUGCAUUUGGUGCACCACUGAAUAAGGUUGUAAAGUGUAAAACUAAGUUUGGAUGGCAUUUAUUGCAAGUUCUAUCUGAGAGAGAGGAAUCUGUACUUGAACACAUCCAACCCAACGAGUUUCAUGUGAAGCUGCAAGAUCCAUCAUUCUUGGAAGAAGCUCAAUUGAUUGAUGUUCGAGAACCCGAGGAAGUGGCCCAGGCUUCUUUACCAGGAUUUCAGGUUCUUCCUCUUCGCCAAUUUGGAAGCUGGGGACCAGAAAUAACAACUAAGUUUGAUCCUCAAAGGGACACAUAUGUCUUGUGUCACCAUGGCAUGAGAUCACUACAAGUCGCCAAGUGGUUGCAGACACAGGGAUUCAGGAAAGUAUUUAACAUUGCUGGAGGAAUCAACGAAUAUGCUGUCAAAGUUGAUCCAUCAAUCCCAACUUAUUGAAGCUGGCUCUCUUGUAGCGCUCAUUGCUGGGAACUUCCGCUCCUGGAUCGUUUUCGUUAGAGGUCAUGGUCUUUCCCCUUUGUGUCAGAGCUCUUUCUCCUGUCCCCUCACCUGGUAACAGAGCUCAGUUGGUCACAAAACCAUUUUGUUUUCGAUUGUCCGACAAUUUUCACUCAAACCGACAACUUUUCUAGGGAUAACAGGCAGAUCUUUCUUGAGAAUUCAGAUCGAUGUGAAUGUUUUGGCACCUUGAUGUCAGGACAUCUAUUUUGGCACUACCUCUGUAUUUCCAAAAUGCUCCAAACAUUAAAUCAUGCUAUGCAAUGAAUUUAUUCUGACAUGCAUAUUUUGGUUACAAUUUCUUGAAAGUAAGCUGUAGCAAGAAUUGUAAACUUGAGUUCUGCAGUUACAGUCUAAUGAUAUAAUGAACCUUCCUUUACUUGA